AUGUCUACUAUCACCGAAUUGUUCUGUCGACAACCGAGAGCCGUGGAGUUGAUACAUGGCCACCCAGAGUACUCAAGCGUCACAGAGUUUGAAGGCUCCAGAGAGGAGUGCCGUAUCGCGCUCUACUCCAAAAAUGGAUCGCGUUUUGCCUUCACGCAGCCGAAAUACGUUAUUGUGGCCGAUCCAAACGACGGCUCCGUCACUAAGAAGUUGGAGCUCCCAGAGGUGUUUGACUUGCAUUUCUCGCCCCUCGGAAACUACCUCUGCAUGUGGUUGAAGCCGGUGAAGGAUGCCGAAUCAGGAAACUUCAACAACAACGUGCAGGUCUACGACAUCCAGAAUGACGCGAUCAUCGGCUCCUAUAGCAACAAAUCGCAGGCGGGGUGGAAGCCGCAGUUCACGGCGGACGAAAAGUUGAUCACCAGAGCCACCAGCAACGGCAUCAACUUCUUCGAGUUGACUAACUUGAACUUUGACAAACCGCUCCAUAAGUUGAAGGUGGAAAACUACGCCAACUUCGAGUUGUCUCCGGGUUUGAACCCGGCCGUCGCGGUGUUCACCCCGGAGAAGAAGGGCCUCCCAGCCUCCGUCAAAGUCUACAACAUCCCCAGCUUCAGCCAGCCGAUCUGCCAGAAAACGUUUUUCAAGUCCGAACGGUGCCAGUUAAGAUGGAACUCCUUGGGGACUGCCUUGUUGGCGCUUGCCUCCACUGAUGUCGACUCCUCCAACAAGUCUUACUACGGCGAAACCAACUUGUAUCUCUUGGGGAUUGCCGGCGCCUACGACUCCCGUAUCACCUUGGACAGAGAAGGUCCGAUCCAUGACAUUACCUGGUCCCCGUCCUCUAGGGAAUUUGCCGUCGUAUACGGCUUCAUGCCGGCCACUACCAGCUUCUUUGACGCCAGAGGGAACAACAUCCAUACGCUUCCGCCGGCCCCUAGAAACACCAUCUUGUUCUCGCCGCAUGCCAAGUUUGUGCUCGUCGCUGGGUUUGGGAACUUGCAAGGUACGGUCGACGUCUACGACAGACAAAACAAGUUUGCCAAGAUCACCACCUUCGAGGCUGCCAACACGUCUGUCUGCCACUGGUCGCCGUGCGGCCGGUUCAUCUUGACCGCAACCACUGCGCCUAGAUUGAGAGUUGAUAACGGCCUCAAGGUCUGGCACGCGAGCGGGAAGUUGAUCUACAUGAAGGACUACAAGGAGUUGUACAGCAUCGCCUGGAGACCCCAGGAUGUCUCCAUCUUCCCAGCUUUGAAAAAGUUGGACGAGGCACCAGCGCCACACGAGUCUGUGGUCGCUCACAUGGCUAGCAAGCCCCAGGCCGCCGCUGCCAGCAAACCCGCUGGGGCAUACCGUCCACCGCACGCCAGACGUAACGGUGACGACGCCCCAGCGGCGCCAACCUCGUUAUACCAACGCGAGAUCUUGAGCUCCAGCUCUGUCAACAAUGUCAGCUCAUACCAGGCCCCGAGACAGAAGAUCAUCCCGGGCGCCCCAGCGCCGGUCGUCCAGGAGUCCAAGGCUGCGGCCAAGAAUAGAAAGAAGAGAGAAGCCAAGAAGAAUGAAACGCCAGAGCCAGUUGCCGCGCCUGUCGUCCAGGAAGAAGAGAAGGGUGCCGUUGUCGGUGGUGUUGCCUCCUUGGAGGAGAAGAAAAUUAGAUCGUUGUUGAAGAAGUUAAGAGCGAUCGAGAGCUUGAAGAUGAAGCAGGCCAAGGGUGAGCCGUUAGAAGACACCCAGGUGUUAAAGAUCAACAACGAGGACACCAUCAGAGGAGAGUUAGCGACCUUAGGGUGGUCGGAAUAG